GCCCUGCAGGCGGCGGGUCAUUUGGGCAGCCGGAUCCUUUCUCCUGAGACCUUCGGGAGAUACGGAACAAGUUCAGUGAGCGCUCAGGAAAGGGGUUGCCGGGUUUGGACCUCCUUCUCACCCUUGGAGAGCGUAACUCUUUUAAUAAGUUCAAAACGAAUUUGACGGUCUGCAACUUUGUGUAACUGUGCCGAUGCUGUUCGGGAAAUUAUGAUGAUGUGCUCUCUUCCUGAGUUAAGGCUCAUCGACGCACAGAGAGAAGACGGCGUUUUUGCAGUAGGACGUGGGGAUACAUAUUCUGAUCCAAGAUCGCUCUUGUCGCAGUGGAUUAUAGAGUUAUGUCACCAGUUCCCUCAUGGAAUCACAGACCAAGUAAUUCAAAAUGAAAUGCCUCACAUAGAAGCUCAGCAGCGGGCAGUGGCAAUCAAUAGACUCUUGUCUAUGGGUCAGUUGGAUCUCUUAAGGAGCAAUACAGGCCUUCUGUAUAGGAUAAAGGAUUCUCAGAAUGCUGGUAAAAUGAAGGGAUCAGAUAACCAAGAAAAACUAGUAUAUCAGAUCAUAGAGGAUGCAGGAAAUAAAGGAAUAUGGAGCAGAGAUAUCCGGUACAAAAGUAAUUUGCCAUUAACAGAAAUUAACAAAAUUCUAAAGAAUUUGGAAAGUAAAAAGCUUAUCAAAGCUGUUAAGUCUGUGGCAGCCUCAAAAAAGAAGGUGUAUAUGCUCUAUAACCUGCAGCCUGACCGGUCUGUGACUGGUGGAGCCUGGUACAGUGACCAGGAUUUUGAGUCUGAAUUUGUAGAGGUGCUUAACCAACAAUGUUUUAAGUUCCUACAAACCAAGGCAGAAACAGCACGAGAAAGCAAACAGAAUCCGAUGAUACAGAGAAAUAGUUCUUUUGCUUCAUCACACGAAGUAUGGAAAUAUAUCUGUGAAUUGGGAAUCAGUAAGGUAGAGUUGUCCAUGGAGGACAUUGAAACCAUCUUGAAUACACUCAUCUAUGAUGGGAAAGUAGAGAUGACUAUCAUUGCUGCAAAAGAAGGCACAGUUGGCAGUGUAGAUGGACACAUGAAACUCUAUAGGGCAGUCAAUCCAAUUAUCCCACCCACAGGUUUGGUUCGGGCCCCCUGUGGACUCUGUCCGGUUUUUGAUGACUGCCAUGAAGGUGGUGAGAUUUCGCCAUCUAACUGUAUUUACAUGACAGAGUGGCUUGAAUUUUAAUAGAGAGCUAUGAACUUUACUGACAUUUUGCAAAUGAAGUUGCUUUGGGAGCAAAUAAAUAACUUCAUGCAUGAUGGAACAUCAAAUUCCCUUGAAAACAAAUUUUACAAUAAUGGAUACAGACUUGCUGCUAUGAAAAUAUAUACUAUUUUAUCUAUGAAGACUAAGUUUAUGUUGGUAGAGUAGCCAACAGAAUAUGAAGCAGGUAAGGUUAGUAGUGAAAUCCGUUGUUCAAUAAAUAAAAUACUCUGAAGUUCUGGAGGACAACAUCUUUGAAGCUUUCGACACAUGUGAUUGUUCAAGAAAAAAGCCAACAAAUCCAUAAUUAUCAAUGGAUAAUGGCUAGAGCCUAAAAAUGCUUGUUUUAAAUUUAUUAAGGUCUUCAUUGGAAAUUACGUAUAUCUGGUCACUAUCACUAUUUCUAUUUUCUCAAUGAUUCUAUUGAGAAGCAAUUAAAACAGGGAAGGAAGGAAUAGCAGGGCACUUUACACAAACUUGGGGUGUGAAUGGAGGAGAGAGUUGGAACAUCCUUUUUCCACAUACUGUUAGUUUCCUUUUAUGUCAGAAAUAUUCUUUCAGAGGAAUAUGGCACUGUAUUUACCUCAAAGCUAAUGAUGACUAUUGUCAAGGAUAUGUUUUCUGUGUAUAAAUAUUAUCACAUUCAUCUUAAAGGAUUAUUUUCACUAGAUCUUUGUUAAAGUUUUAGAAGUUCACUCUGUGGCCCAAUUGUACUACUUACUAGAAUUUUUCCCUAGAUUCUUAUUAUUUAAC